UUGUCAUUUUCCAAUAAUAAAGAAUUGGGAUUCACCACAUUUUCCAGCUUUGACCACUGUCAGCUACAAGGGGAACCCCGUUCAGUCAGGAGCUGAGCGGCAACAUGUCAUUCAGUGACAUAAUGGCCAUCAUCGGGGGGACUUGGGUUGUUUUCCACGUGCUGAAACUGGCCUGGAGAUGUUGGUGUGGGCUCAGAGAGUUUGUUCUGUCAGAGGUUUGGCAAGUGGAUUUAAGGACAUAUGGGCAAUGGGCAGUUGUCACUGGUGCCACGUAUGGCAUUGGUAAAGCCUAUGCCUGUGAGCUGGCGCGCAGAGGCCUGGAUAUUGUCUUGGUAAGCAGAUCAGAUGACAAGCUUCAAACGGUUGCCAAAGAGAUAGAGGGUCAGUAUGGACGAAAGACACGCACCAUCCGAGUGGACUUCACCGACGGCCCCAGUAUCUACCCGGUUGUAGCUGAGGGACUACAAGGCCUGGAAAUUGGAAUUCUGGUCAACAAUGUAGGAAUGACCUAUUCUGAUAGUUUCGCCUGUUUCCUGGAAGUACCAAAUGCUGAACAGAAAAUCACGCAGAUUGUCAACUGCAACAUGCUGUCUGUCCCUCAGAUGACCAGACUGGUUCUUCCGGACAUGAUCAAAAGAGGUACUGGGCUGAUCAUCAAUAUUUCCUCUGAAGUGGCCAUCCGGCCGCAGCCUUUGCUGUCACUUUAUUCUGCCACCAAGAUUUUUGUCACAUAUUUCUCUCAGGGUCUGCAUGCUGAGUACAAGUCAAAGGGAAUUACUGUUCAGUGUGUGUGCCCCUUCAUGGUGUCCACAAACAUGACACUCAACAUGAAAGUCAACUGCUUUGUGAAAAGUUCUUCGGCGUUCGCACGAGAAGCCUUGAACACUGUGGGUCACUCCAGCUACACCAGCGGGUGUCUGUCCCACGCUCUCCAGAACGCAGCUCUCACCGCACUCCUGCCAGACUGGCUUCAUAUGUCACAAUUCCUCGUCGGAAAACUUAAAAACUUCCCAAAGUUGGAUGGACAGAAAAGGAGAGUUAGUAAGGGAGAGGAGAAACCCCGUGAAAAGGAGGAGUAAUCGUCUGCCCGCAUCUGCAGAGAAGCGAAUAUAUAUAUAUAAAGAACUGUUGGUUAAUAUGUGCGUUAUAAAAAUUCACUGCAGCUGAUACCUAAAAUGUGUGUAAUAUCAUAUCAAAGUUAAUACAUAGGCAAUGCUACACAUGUAAAUAUUAUUAAAUGUCUUAAUAAAAUGCGUUAUCCAUGUUCAA